CACCCGCUUACACCGAUAUACUGUUUACUGUAUCUGCUACGAGAUAUUAGGGAAUUACAUGCUUAUUCGUGGGUUUUUAAGGUUAGAAAGUGGAAUACACGCAAUAAAUUAGAAACAUGUCUGCUGCAAUGAGAAAGGAGUACUUGAAGGCGAAAAAGAUUGUGCAUCCAAAUAGCAGGAAGUCUAUUGCUAUUGCAAAAAGAGCCAAAAAAAUAUCGAACAGACAGAAAACAAAAAUGGGUAAUAUGAUUAAGCAGAACUUAAUAGGCGAGAAAAUGUUAUGGAUCCAAGAACACAUGGUACAGGAUGUGUGUCCUUAUACUCCAGAACUUACUGCUCGAUUAUUAGAGACAUACAUAUCAAGAAACGACGAAGAGUUGGAACAAAUCAACAUAAAACAUUCUGUAGGUGGUAAAAGGAGUAGACAACAUGCCAGCAGGGAAGAUGUUAUAAGGAUGACCAAGGAACGUGAGCAAGAAGAGUACGAUACAUGUGGAAUUGAAAUUCCGGAUAUUCUAAAUGCGUCUCAGUGCGAGAUGUUACGAAAAUGGAAUGGCGAACUAAAGUACAUGACUAAUUUUAAAUUCAGAAGGUUUGGCAAGAAACAUUUAAACGAUGCUUUACAGAAAGCAAUCAAACACUCGAAAGAAAUUCCCGAAAAAUUAGGAAAUCACGCGGAAGAAAUUACGUUCGAAAAUGUCGAAAAUACUUUGUUAUAACGAACGAAAUCUUCUAUAUAAUAAAUUUACUAUA